CUCUCUCUCUCUCUCUCUCUCUCUCUCUGCACAAAUCUUCAAAAUUAUAUUAAAACUUAAAAAAAAGAAAAAAAGUCCAUCCCUCCAUUUCUUUCUUCUUAUUUUUUGGAUUCUCCAAGUUUUCUGCUGCCUUGAAGAAAUGGGUUUUUCAACAUGCACACACACUCAAAUACCCCCCCAUUAAAUUAACUAGGGUUCUUCAGCUUCUCCUUCUUCUUCUUCUUCUUCUUUUUUUUUUUUUUGAAGAGAGAGGGAGGAAGGAAGAAAUAGCACAAGGGUUUUUCCAUUUCACUCUCUCUCCCUCCCUCUUCUUCUUCUUUUCUUUUUCUUCAUCUUUUUUUUCUUUCUUCUGGGUUUUUGACCAAAUAUUUCAUUUGAAAUUGCAUUCAUCUACCGUCUCCCCUAACUUCUUUCUAUAAUUUUAAAUAAACCUCCAAAACGGUAGUGAGUUGAAGAAAGGGGGAAGGAAAGCAAGUUUUGAUUGAUGAGUUUUGGGGGUUUCCUCGACGGCGGCGGUGGCGGAGGAGGCGGUGGUGGUGCUCGAAUCUUAGCCGAUUUACCUUACACAAAUAACUCCACCACUAACGCCAACAAUAACCCCACCGGCGGCAUCGGCGGCGGAGGAAAUAUGUCCUCCAGCGCAAUCGCUCCGCCGCGCCUCAUCACUCAAUCCCUCACUAAGUCGAUGUUCAACUCCCCCGGACUCUCUCUCGCUCUUACGAACAUGGACGGCGGGCCAGGAGAUUUAGCUGCCCGACUGCCCGAGGGUUUCGAGCAUAAUGUUGGAAGGAGAGGCAGAGAGGAAGAACACGAGAGUAGAUCUGGGAGUGACAACAUGGACGGCGGCUCCGGUGAUGACCAGGACGCCGCCGACAACCCUCCCAGGAAAAAGCGUUACCACCGACACACUCCUCAGCAAAUCCAAGAGCUCGAAGCUGUCUUUAAAGAGUGCCCUCAUCCUGAUGAGAAGCAACGGCUUGAGUUGAGUCGGAGGCUGUGUUUAGAAACUAGGCAAGUUAAAUUUUGGUUCCAAAAUCGGAGGACCCAGAUGAAGACCCAAUUGGAACGCCACGAGAAUACUUUGCUUAGACAGGAGAAUGAUAAGCUUAGAGCUGAGAAUAUGUCAAUUCGAGAUGCUAUGAGGAAUCCAAUCUGUUCAAACUGUGGUGGUCCGGCGAUCAUUGGCGAAAUCUCGCUGGAAGAACAGCAGUUGAGGAUUGAAAAUGCUCGGUUGAAAGAUGAAUUGGACCGGGUUUGCGCACUGGCUGGGAAGUUUCUUGGCAGGCCGAUUUCAUCGCUGGCUAACUCUAUUGCACCUCCAUUGCCGAGCUCAAGUCUGGAACUGGGAGUUGGGAGUAAUGGGUUCGGUAGUUUGACCAUGGCGACGUCAAUGCCCAUCGGGCCUGAUUUUGGAGGUGGGUUGUCGGGUAAUCUUGCUGUUGUUCAGGCACCUGCAAGGCCAACACCGGGGAUGGGACUUGAUCGUUCAGUUGAGCGAUCUAUGCUACUGGAGCUUGCUUUGGCUGCCAUGGAUGAAUUGGUCAAAAUGGCGCAGACUGACGAGCCACUUUGGAUUGGGAGUUUGGAAGGUGGAAGAGAAAUACUGAACCAGGAGGAGUACAUGAGGACAUUUACUCCUUGCAUUGGCAUGAAACCAAACGGUUUUGUCACCGAGGCGUCAAGAGAAAGUGGCAUGGUGAUCAUCAACAGCUUGGCUCUCGUGGAAACAUUGAUGGACUCGAAUCGAUGGGCUGAGAUGUUUCCGUGUAUGAUUGCUCGAACCACGACAACUGAUGUGAUCUCCACUGGCAUGGGGGGAACGAGGAACGGUGCACUUCAACUGAUGCACGCAGAGCUUCAAGUGCUCUCGCCGUUGGUGCCCGUCCGGGAAGUCAAUUUUCUGAGGUUCUGCAAGCAGCAUGCUGAAGGGGUGUGGGCAGUCGUCGACGUGUCAGUUGAUGCCAUGAGAGAGACUCCAACCGGUGGUGGUUCAUCAUUCGGCAACUGCAGAAGGCUUCCUUCUGGGUGUGUUGUUCAAGACAUGCCCAACGGGUAUUCCAAGGUUACGUGGGUGGAACAUGCAGAGUACGAUGAUAGCCAAGUGCACCAGCUCUAUCGUCCCCUACUCAGCUCCGGUAUGGGCUUUGGAGCACAACGGUGGGUCACCACCCUUCAACGGCAAUGUGAAUGCCUUGCGAUUCUCAUGUCAUCUGCUGUACCAAUCCGAGAUCACACUGCCAUAACCGCAGGCGGGCGGAGGAGCAUGCUGAAGCUAGCCCAACGAAUGACAGCCAACUUCUGUGCCGGUGUGUGUGCAUCCACAGUGCACAAAUGGAACAAGCUGAAUGCUGGGAGCGUAGAUGAGGAUGUCCGUGUCAUGACACGGAAGAGUGUGGAUGAUCCUGGAGAGCCUCCAGGCAUUGUGUUGAGCGCUGCUACAUCCGUUUGGCUCCCGGUAUCGCCCCAACGACUCUUUGAUUUCCUUCGUGACGAGCGGCUGAGGAGUGAAUGGGACAUCCUAUCCAACGGCGGCCCCAUGCAGGAGAUGGCCCAUAUUGCCAAGGGCCAAGAUCAUGGCAACUGCGUCUCUCUAUUAAGAGCCAGCGCUAUGAAUGCGAACCAGAGCAGUAUGUUGAUUUUACAAGAGACGUGCAUAGACGCGGCGGGGUCGCUUGUGGUUUACGCACCGGUGGACAUCCCGGCAAUGCACGUCGUGAUGAACGGUGGGGAUUCGGCUUACGUGGCGCUUCUGCCGUCAGGGUUUGCGAUCGUCCCAGACGGGGCGGUGACAGGAGGUCUGACAGCGACAAAUGGGAGCAGUCCAAGUGGCGGGGAGGGCCCACAGAGUCAGAGAGCGGCAGGCGGCGGGUCCCUCCUCACAGUUGCAUUUCAAAUCCUCGUGAAUAGCCUCCCUACGGCUAAGCUCACCGUAGAAUCGGUUGAAACGGUCAACAAUCUCAUCUCUUGCACCGUCCAGAAGAUCAAGGCCGCUCUUCAAUGCGAAACCUGAUACUGAUCUUCGCGUGUACUCCACGCCUGCUGUUGGGUUGAAUUUUUUAGGAUUUUUUCUUCUAAAAAAAAAAAACUUUAUUUUACUUAUUUUACCCCUCCCUGAGUAAUUUGUUUGUUAUUAUUAUUGUUAUUAUUACAACUAUACUAGGGGUUGUCACAACAGUGUGAGAAUGAAAAAGAAAAAAAGAGUGUGAAUUAGUGUAUGAGAUGUAAUGAUGGUAGCCUUUUAAGGUGCUAGGAGGGGGUAUUGAGUCAAGAACGAACCGCCGUGUUAUACUCCGAGUUGGUGGCUUGAGAAAGAGAAAAAAAAAAGUGAUUUUCUUUCAGACUUAUAUAUAGAAUAGGGGUCGUGGUAGUGGUUCGGGUAUUGACUCAAGUUUACCCUCUUGAGUUUUCUGACGAAGAAGAGAAAAAAAAAAAAAGGGUGUUUUGUUAAUGAUGUAUUUGAAUUUGUUCCUCCUUUCAAUUUAAUGGAAUUUGUAAUCUUCCUAAUCUUA